CAAGACCAAAGUUUUUUGAACAUUGAAACGCACAAGGCUGCGUGUGGAGCUACAAGUGCAAGACAGCGGACCGAACCGCAACGAAUCAAAUUUUGCCGCUUCUAGCAUAGAAACUUUCUCUCCACGUCCAUGAACAAGAUUCAAAGGACUACAUCCUAGAUUUACAUAUCAGUUCCAGAAGCAUAUGUCUGGCAGGUUGCGUCCUACCUACCUUUAUCGUAACAAAGCCCAGCGUCUUCUCUCAUCAUGGCGACAUCGUCCUCAGAUGAACCCGUAGCUAUCGUCUGCGUCGGCAUGGCUGGCAGCGGCAAAACGACAUUUAUGCAGCGCAUCACCUCGUAUCUGCACCAGAAAAAGGACAUUCCCUACGUCGUGAACCUCGAUCCGGCCGUCCUCAACGUACCCUUUGAAUCCAAUAUCGACAUACGCGACUCGAUAAACUACAAGGAAGUUAUGAAGCAGUAUAACCUUGGUCCUAAUGGUGGCAUUCUCACCUCACUCAACCUCUUUGCAACGAAGAUAGAUCAAGUGCUUGGACUGCUGGAGAAGCGCACAGCGCCGCCUGAGGAAGGCAGCACGAAGAAGAGGGUCAGUAAGGUGCUUAUUGAUACACCUGGGCAGAUCGAGGUGUUUGUAUGGAGUGCGAGCGGUGAUAUUCUGCUGGGAAGUCUGGCAAGCAGUUUCCCGACGGUGAUUGCCUAUGUGAUCGACACACCUAGGACAAGUUCGACAAGCACAUUCAUGAGCAACAUGCUGUAUGCAUGUAGCAUACUCUACAAGACAAAGCUACCCAUGAUUCUGGUGUUCAAUAAGACCGACGUCAAAGACGCUCAGUUUGCGAAGGAGUGGAUGACGGACUUUGAGGCUUUCCAAGCGGCACUCAACGGUGAGGAAGAGGGAGGUUCAUUUGGUGGGCAAGACGGCCAAGGCGUCGGCAGCGGGUACAUGUCCAGUUUAUUGCACAGCAUGAGUCUUGUCUUGGAGGAAUUCUACAACCACCUGCAGGUUGUUGGCGUGAGCGCAAUGACGGGUGCUGGUAUUGAUGAGUUCUUCGCUGCUGUAGAGGAGAAGCGCAAGGAAUUUAACAGAGACUACAAGCCGGAGCUAGAGAAGCGGCGCGCGCAGAGAGAGAAGGAGAAAAAAGAGAAGCGUGAUAAGGAGCUGAACAAAAUGUUGAGGGACAUGAGCAUUGAGCCAACAUCCGACUCUUCGAGAAGAAGGCCGAAAACGAAAGAGGAACCGGAGACGGUGAGUGAUGCCGAGGACAUGGAUGAGUAUGAAGAAGAAGGUGGGUGGGUGGAGCGGGAUGAAGACGAAGAGGACGCGGAUCUUGAUGACGACGACGACGAAAGAGAUGCUGGUCUGAGGCAGAGAUACAAGCAAGCCAUGGAAGACAGUAAGAAGGGGUCAACGCAGGAUGAGAUGAGCUUCGUCAAGUACAUUCACACAGCAAAUGUUGGAUGAAGUGAAACUACCGACGCAGUCGAGCAGUUGAAUCAAGCAAAUUAACGAACAUGGUGCGAUAGAGCACGACGCAGCUGAAGACAAAAAGUCGUUCACUAGCACAGAGCUAGCACAGCUUGCGGUUUUAUGGCAUUAGUAUGCGUCUCUAUGACUAUCUAUGUCAAUCGAGGCAUGAAGAAAUAAAGAAAAAAAAAAAGAUGCCUGCAGCUAUGCCAUCGCAUUAUACAUGCUAUAUAGACAAAAGGGAGAUGAGCUGAGAACGCUCAGGUCGCUAGUCCGGAGACAGACGCUAUCGUUGCUAAUGUUACAUUUUUUUUGUGUACCGUGAUCAUAGCCAUACUUCCACUUGAG